AUGUUGUUCCAUAGACUGACUGUUCCAUUUGUAUUAUUGGCAUGUGGUGUGCUUGCUGACCAAUCUGAACCUACUGGUACUUCUACCACGACUAUUUAUGUGACUGUUACUUCAUAUACUCCAGAGGAAUUGGCAGUUAUUGCGUAUGAGUCUUUGGCAUCGGUUUCCUCAGUUUCAGCUUUGUUGGAGGAAAAUAGGAAUGUGCGGAGCAUUUCUGAUGACUUAUUACAUGCAACAGGGUUGGUAGCUUUAGCUUCCAGUAAUAGUAAUAGCUCUCUCCUGACUUCUGCAACUGUAACGCCAUCGACAAACUAUUCAAAGACUGGAUUUUACAACACGUCGAUUGACCUAAGCACCGCUACUGUAGAGAUGAACGUUACAUUUAGAAGUACGGUUGUUAGUAUAAAAUCUCUGCACCCUUCGCAUUCUACAGACACCUAUUUUUUUACGUCCUCGUCAUCUGAGAGUUCGUCUCAAUCUGAGUUAUCGCAGACUGCUGCCGCAACCUCUGAAUCAACCACCAAUUCUAGCAGUGCCGGUGUGGCAGCUGGUUUGGUAGCAGCAAAUGGUGUUAUUAUAGGUGCCAUCGGAGGGGUGAUUUUGGGUUUGAUCUAA